AUGGCGCUUCUUAACAUUUUCCCACACGUAAAUUUGGCCACCAUUGUCUCGUGGUUGGUGUGUUGGGAGAAGAAGGCAGGAAGGGUAGUGCUUCGGAGGACUCCGAUUGAGAAGAAAAGAAAAGAAAAUGAUCGACAUCGCUUCUCUCAUUCUUUCUCGAAGCUUACCUCGUACACAAGACGUCAUGAGCCGGCGAGAAGAGUCCAAGGGAGAUUUAGAGUUGAGAGUAGGGAUUUGAUGGAACGCGGCAUACAAGAAAGGGAAGACCAAGGAAGUGUUCAUGUGUUCCGUUCCGUUUCCGUUAACAGGGGCGCAGUUGAUAUUGAGUUUGACUAUCAACGACUGGGAUUUGUCCGGCAGCUCUGGUAG